AUGGACACGCGGUGCUGGAGUGCCUGGCCGUCCCACCUCCCUCUGCCACGGAGGAACCAUCCCUGCAUUGGUUUCCUUAACAGCACCCGGCCACAGUCGCUGCCAGCUGCAUUUCUGGUGCCUGCGAGCGCUGUCGCAACAAGACGAGCGGCAUGGUCGAGUCGACUCAGGAAGGGAGGGAGAGCAGCUGGCUCAGAGACUGCUGGUGCCUCUGAGACGGACGUUAUGGAGGUGACACUGGAAACGGAUCAGCCAGACGCCGUGAUGGAACUGCUGCUGGGCUUUGGGGCGAAUUCAGCGUCUGCGAUGGCAGCAAACACGCGGCAGGCGACACUACGAGUUGUAUCUGCGCAAUUCGAGGGCUCCUCUGACAUUCUAGCCAAGUUGGAUCUGGAACAGAUAGGAUGCAUCAUCCAGGGGGCACUGGAUUUGCCUAGAAAGCCUCUUCUCAAAAGCCGUUUGCUGGGUGGUAGUUGGAGCAAGUAUUUCCCCUUAUCCGAGUCGGUCGAAGUCCGCUUGCCUUGCCACGCCGGACCAAGAGGUGGAAUGCUGAGCGAAACUGGGAGGCGCGUGCUGCGGUUGGAAGGUGGCGUGGCAUUUGGCGCAGGCGAUCAUCCGACUACAAGAGGUGCAGCAGCCUUUCUGGAAGCCACGCUGACGAAAGCUCGCCCACUUAGCCUUCGUUGCUUGGACUACGGCACUGGAUCCGGAGUUCUGGCGAUCUGUGCUUGGAUGCUGGGGGCAAAGCACACGCUCGGCGUCGAUGUCGACAAAACUGCGCUGGCAUCCGCUGCACGAAGCCUUGCACUAAAUGGCACGGUUGUCGCCCCCUUCGAUGUGUUGGGCACCGUUGCCUUCAAGCACGUGCCAGCCUGCCCCGAGCUCGCUACCAAGCAAAUCGUAGAGAUGGUAGAGGAGGGCGGAGCUUUCGACAUUGUUGUGGCAAACAUCUUGUGUGAACCGCUCCUGCAGCUGGUGGACACUCUUUCUUGCGCCACCGCGCCCGCUGGAAAACUUUGCUUGUCCGGUGUGCGCAGCCUACCAGAUCUGCGUGCCGUUGAGGCGCUUCAAGACAAAUAUUCCGAGCAAUUCGAGAACUUCCAGAUAUCAGAUGCUGGUGCCGGAUGGUGCGUCAUAACAGCCGAAAAAGGCUUUUGUGCAGCUCAAGGUGUCCUGUACGAGGCCAGGUUUCUGUUUAGGGAUCAUGAUUCAUGA